UGCCAAUGCCAUGUGACUACCGCAUAUAGCCUCGGGGCAGCCCACAACUGCACUAUUUUCCAUCGCUCGUGCAGUGCAGACGACUUCCUGCACGCGUAACAGCAUAAUGCACGCCUAGCAAUGGGCAGCCUCCGAGCAAUGGUCACCGUCGCGGCAGCGUACGCGUCGACAGCGCCGACGGUCGUCGUGUACGAGACGCGGCGCCUGGACGGCGAUACGUACUGGCGCGCGAGCUACGAGUUGGCGGCAAGCUACGCGUCAAAACACGGCCACAACUUCGUGCUCUACACGCUGCCGGAGGGCACGGCGCGCCUCGACGCCUGCGACGGGUCAAGGUUAGGUCCCUACUGGGGCAAGGCGGCGGCCGCCGUGCAGGCGUGUAUAGACUUUCCAUCCUCGUCGUUCUUCCUCCUGUUGGAUAGCGACGCCGCCGUGUCUACGACUCCAUCAAAAACGGGAGAUCGGUGGAGCGACCGCCCACUAGAACAACUAUUGACGGCGGCCGCGGGCUGGCCCAAUGCCCGGUCGGAUGUACUGGUGAACCAGGCCGAUCGCACGUACUGGCUGCGGCGGGCGCCGCAGAACGUGACCCGGUGGCGCUACCUCCUCAACUCGGGGACGCUGGCGUGGAAAGGAGAUAGGGGUAGGGCCUUCGUCGAGGCCUUCUGGCGGACGGCUUCGUCCGAGGAAGCGCGGGGCCGCAACGCACUGGGCAUCGACUUCACGCGGGCGUGGCCCCAGGACCAGUACGGGUUGAAUAUGGUGGCGAACUCCCGCGAGUUUAUUGAUGACGUCGCCGUCGUGCCCAUGAACCGGAAAUACGCGGCCGACUACGCGACAUACAAGGCCUCAAUCUCGCGCAAGUACCGGCCGCCCUGGCCCUGCCUGUCGGGCCUGCCGCGCCACUUCUGCGUGAUUGACCACUACUGCCAGCACGCGAAGCACAAGCUCGGGCUCAUCGAGGCGGCGCGGCGCGAGGGGCUCAACUCGUCGGUCUUCCGGCACGUGCGCGCGCUGCCGACGCGCGGCGGGUUCUGGGGCGCCUGCGACCGGUUGUAACUUGUCUGUUGUCUG